AAGGAAGGAAAAAGUGGCAGUACAGUGCUGACUUAGUAAAAGACCCUUCUACCAAGCCGCCGAGGCCUUCACCCCACCCUCCCCACCUAGGUAGCCCAGCAAAAGCCGCACAAGGCGCGCACCCGCCGCGCCCUCCGCCCUCGGCCCCGUCCCCGUCUCCUACACUAGGUACCUAGCGGGCAGCACUGGCACGCCACGCUGAACGCGCUGGGCGUCCGCGCCAACGAGACGCACAUGGCGGGCGACAAUGUCAGGGUAUGGACGACGCUGUGCUCGAUCAAGCCUGCCUGCGCCACCGACAAGUCGUCCACUAACGCUUCCUCUCCCGGUGCUAGAGCCCACGCCGCGAGCGCGUACGACGCGCCUGUAGCGCACAGGUCGAACCUGCGCGUCGUCAUGGGCGCGCGGUACGAGAAGGACGGCGAAGUGCUGACGGUUGCGGCGGGGCGCGAGGUCGUGCUUGCGGCUGGCAGUGUCAAUUCGCCGCAGCUGCUGGAGCUGUCUGGGAUUGGUGAUGCGGCGGUGUUGGAGGUUAAGGUUGCGAAUCGGUGCGUGAGCGAGGGGCUGCAGGAUUAUUUUAGUGAGUCGUGUCGUUUUGUUUGCGUGCGGUUGUGUGUGUGUGUGUGUAUGAUGGUUUGCUUAGGUACUUAUUUAUUGGCUUGUGGGGUUGAAGUGACGGCUACGAUUCACGAGCUCGAUGACUCUGGCGUCGCAUCAGACAAUGACAAGGACAAAGACGGAGACAGACAAAAAACCCCUCCUCCACAACCCACACGGCAAACACACAGCAACCACCCCAACCGCGGCCCAUCCUCCCCUGCUCCCCCGCCUACAUCCCCUUCACGCACUUCAUCCCCCAGCACACCCUCCGCCACGCAACUGCAAACCAGCAACCCCGCCCCCAGCAUCCCGCCUCCAGCACAAACCGAGUACAUCUCCUCAGCGGGCAACUGGAGCCCGCACUUCACGCCUCUCCCGGACAAAAAAUACGGCACCACACUCACGAUUCUGCAGCUGCCGUUUUCGCGCGGAAGCGUGCAUAUCGCACCUACUACCGACGCUGGAGGGGCCGGAAAAGCCGCAAAUACGGUCCAUACGCCUCCACGGGUAGACCCGAGAUAUUAUGUCGGUGUGGGCGACAAGGUCGAUCUCGACGCUAUGGCAAAGGCAACGGCGUUUGGUGCGCGCAUCUGUGGCACGCGUCCUUUGGCAGGGCUAAUAAAGCGGCGCGUGUGGCCGCCGGAAGGCCUGCCCGAAGGGCUGCCUGAGAGGUUGUCUGAGGGUCUGGCUGAGGGCUCGUCCUCAGCCUCGUCCGCAGUCUCGCCCAGGGACAAGGCCACAAACCACGCCUGGGUGCGCCAAAACACGCUCAGCGACUGGCACCCGGCGGGGACAUGCAGGCUCGGACUCGGACCCUCGAGCGACGACGGGGUCGUCGACCCGCGGCUGCGCGUCCAGGGAGUCGCAGGGCUGCGGGUCGUGGACGCGAGCGUUAUGCCGUUGCGGAUUAGCGCGCAUCUGCAGGCGACGGUGCAUGCGAUUGCGGAGAAGGCGGCUGUGAUUUUGGCGGAGGAUUUGGGUGUUUGGGGGGAGGCUGUGGGGUAGCUACCUAUGUAGGUGGGUAGGUAGGUGGAUGGAGUCUGCUGCCCGUGCAUGUACAUACUGUACGCCGGGUAGGUGUGACGUGAUGAGGCUGGUCGGAUGGAGCUAGAGUUGUGCGAUGCGGUUGUGGUUGUCGCUCCUAGGCUUGCACCGGUCCGACUGGCUGAAAGUAGGCUUGGAGG